UCCCGACACACACGCCUCAAACAACUUCGAAGCAACACAGCUGAGCUGCCACGCUCCCUCUUUCCCAGUCUUCGCUGAAUUAGUAAACGUUUAUUAUUAUUAUUAUUUUUUCCUUCUGGGAACAGCAUGGGAAACCAGUGCGCGGAUCUGAUAACUGCGACCAGAGCCUGAGACGCCCGUGUUCUUCAAUAUCACUAUUAUGUUAGAAAGGGCUCAAUGAUAUUGCUUUCCGAAUUGAGUAGCUAGCCGUGUUGGAUCGUAGUAUCUGCCGUACCUCUGUUUCUCGCCUCGCGCUUGUUAGCCGCUACAAUGGGGUGCUGCAGCGGACGUUGCACGUUGAUUUUCCUUUGCAUUUUCCAGCUGAUGGUGGCACUAGAGAGGCAGGUGUUUGACUUCCUGGGAUACCAGUGGGCACCCAUUCUGGCCAACUUCUUGCACAUCAUCAUCGUCAUCCUGGGCCUCUUCGGCACUAUCCAGUACAGGCCGCGCUACAUUGUGGUGUAUGCUGUCUGGACAGCGCUCUGGGUGGCAUGGAAUGUCUUCAUUAUCUGUUUCUACCUGGAAGUAGGAGGUCUCUCCAAGGAGAGCGACCUGCUGACCUUCAACAUCUCUGCGCACCACUCAUGGUGGAGCGAGCACGGGCCGGGGUGCGUGCGGAGGGAGAUGCCCGCCACGGGCAUGCGCAGCCUGGAUAGCCAGUCCUACAUUUCCGUCAUGGGCUGCCUGCUGGAGUACCAGUACAUCGAGGUCCUGCACAGCGCCUUCCAGAUCCUCAUCGCUCUCCUGGGCUUCGUGUACGCCUGCUACGUGGUCAGCGCCUUCACCGAAGAGGAAGACAGCUUUGAUUUUAUUGGUGGAUUUGAUCCAUUCCCCCUCUACCAUGUCAAUGAGAAACCAUCUCACCUCCUCUUAAAGCCCAUGUACCUGUCUACGUAAAUAAAGCCUGCCGAUGUGGGAAGGAGGUCUCUGAAGAGCAGGAGGGCGGAGACCGAGAUGAGUGGGAACCGGAGAGAGAGGCCGCGAAAGACAACGUUACUGUAAACGUCUCUGCGAAACGUUCCGCUGCUUAUUUUUCUUUUCGUUUUCAAACCCUGCCUGUGCACUGCUAAGGUAUUACAGCACUUCCAAGCUAUGUCCAGUUGUUUUGGGGGUAUGACUUUAAUUCGGGGGGGAGAAACGCAGUGAAGCUUCAGAAUUGUUGGACGCACAGCCGUAACUGAACUUUUGAACUACUUUAAGCUGCAUAACAAAACAGUCUGGUCAAUAACAAUGUCAUGCCUGGGGCACCGAUUUCAUUGUCUCUGUGUCCGUUUGCCAGAGCUGGGAAUGUACUGUAUGUAGUGGACAUUAGCCCAGCUGACAUCCACACUAAGUUCCUUGUUUGUCUUUGUGUUUAUUUCCCUGAUAACCAUGGAAUGGGGUAUACAGUAGUGUGUCGUUUACGUCAGACCCAGGAUACAUACAUACACUGGCCCAGCAGAGAAAGGAAGGAAACCAACACACAGUCAAAAACAAAGGCGUGAAACUGAAAGGAAACAAGAAAAUUAAACAAACAAAAAAGGUUUCAACUGGGCCUCAAAAGCAGCCAGCUGGGUCCAUUGUUGGGAGAGGCUUCAAAUUCAUAAGAAUAUAAAAUAUGACAUAAAAGCAAAGACACUUGAGUCUUGCUCUUCUUCACAUAGUCUUAAACGUGAUGAGUUUUUUCAGAAGUAAUAUUUUCAUUUCGAAAAAGAAAAAUGGUAGCAUUUGACUGUAGAGUUAAUAGGCUUUUUGUGGACCUGCUGGAAGAUUAAUUAAGGGAUGCCGGGUGAUACGUGGGGAAUAGGCAGUCAUACACUGGACCAAUAAAUGCAGCCUCACUUUCUAGCAAUCUUUUACUCCAUUUUUUGCAAGGGGGGCUUGAGGGGGGGGGGGUCUUUUAUUGUGGUUAAGCAAAUGUGAUAAAUACUUACAGAGGGUGUUAAGUUGCAUUGCUGAUUUACAGCUCAGUGCAGCAUACGCACUAGUACUCAGGUCACCCGCCCACCAUGAGGUCACAAGAGCACCGGACUCUUAUAACGUGUCACAGUGGGUGAGAAAGAAUAGCAAGGUGUGCGUGAGCCACACAUAAAAUCGGAUGGGGAGCAACCCGUGCUCAACAUCUUCUACAGUCUGUAGGUCUCACAUUCAGCCCUGGUCACUGCAUUACUUCAUCAUGGUCAUUUUAGGGCAGGUGUUUCUUAGUAUUAUAACAGCUAAUGUACUGUAUAUAUUCUCUGUUAGUUGUCUCUGGAGCCUAGCAGGGCGGACGGCAUUUAGAGGACCGAACAACCAGUGAUCCCUUCGAGUAAACACUGAGCUGGAGAAAUAUGCUGGAUGGCUGGUAUAUCCAAUUCUCAGUAUGCAGUGCUGAUCUAAGGUAUAUAACGCUCAACUCGCAUCAAGAGCCGUGUUUUUAAUGACUGUUGAGGAGGUGACGUUCCGCUCAGUCCCCAUGGCAUCAUUGUCAUGAUUCAAUGCUGCCCUCUAGUGUUAAUUGUGAACAAAAAUUCCCUGGGUACUGAAAAUAUCAUUUAGUUCCCAUCAAAAUAAAGAUAGUGCAGUUAUAUUUUGCAGUUUUCUGGCAAGACUUAGAAUUUGAAACCAAAAUAACAAAAAAUCAAAAAAGAUAAACUAUGCAUAAAUUGUAACAUCUGUGCUGUGACCGCUAGUGUCAGUGUCUCCUCUGUUGAACCCUGUCAUUCUGCAUGUGUUUUUUACAUUUCUUUCCUACUGUAUCAUGUCACAGCUUGUUCAUUGUUGUAAAAAUACAGUUUGUGUUACCA